AUGCCUUACAGAGAAGAUAGUGAUGACGAUGAUGAAGAUAUUGAGGAAUAUGAAGAUGAGGAUGAUAGAGAGGAAGAAGAAUAUCAUCGUCGUAAGGAAAGAGAAGAAGAGGAGGAAGAAGAACAAGAUCCAAUAGUUGAGGAGGACGAAGAAGAAGAGGAAGAGGAAGAGCCCGAGGAGGAAGAAGAAGAGCACCAAGAAGAGGAGGAACAUGAAGAAGAAGAGCAUGAUGAGGAAGAGGAACAUGAAGAGCAUGAUGAGGAUGAACAUUACGAUGAUGAGGAAGAGGAAGAACAUAGAAGAAGAGGAGGAUGA